AUGGAUUCAGAAGCAGAAAAAAGACAAGGAAGCGCUUCAUUUAAAUUUGACACAUCAACAUCUAAGCGUGAUAUUUUGUAUAAAAGCUUAGAAGCCGAAAGAGCAAACCGCUUUAAAAUCACUCUUUUUGAUACCCUGAUAAAGCUUGAAGGUAGCGAUAACAAAAGAAAAAUAAGCAGAGAGCGCCUGAUACUGACUUAUCUUUCACUAUUUAUAAAAAAAAUUCAACUUUUAUCAAUUAUACUCAUAAGCUUCGAGACAUCUGACAACGUUACUCUUGAGUCCUCCUUCAACGUGUUGUUAAGAAUUCUGAGAUUUGAUAUCCUGAGCAUUAGUUUAAAUAUUCAAUUAGAAUUUUUACUUGUUAUGAUAGGUGGCAUUUGAGGCCUUUGCAUAAGCUUUUGCAUGAUUUAUCUUCAAAUUUUUUAUAAAAGGAAAAUCGCUCUGAGGCCCGUUCUUUUUUUAACCAGUUUGCUGGGAUGAAUAUUUAAACAUGUUUUUUGCAUCCCUUAUUUGUACAGUGUAGGGAUAUUUGUAAAAUAUACUUUUUUUGAUGAUAAUUCUGAGGUUGGAGAAUAUGACAAUGUGAGCGCCUCAAAUUACAAGACAUUUUUAGCUCUACCUUUAGUUUUUGGAGUGCCGAUCCUAGCUUUGAAUAUUUAUUUUAGGACAAUUUAUUAUUGUAAUCCUUGUUACACAGCGAAAAUCAAGAGAAAUAGAAUGCAUUCUUUGGUGACGCUUAAGGACAAUUUAUUUCAGUUUAUUAUUGUUUUUGCUUCAUUUUAUCGUUCAGCAGCUUAUUUUAAUAUUUUAUGUGUUAUUAUUUCGAUUUAUAUGAUUUCACAAUAUAUUUUUUAUAUGCCAUAUGUAGCAAUGUUUGAUAAUGUAUUUGAAGUCGAUACUUGAACAAUGGUUUUAUUUGGAGUCAUAGCAUAUCAGAUCUCUAUUUAUAUUAAUACAAACUCCGUACGUGCUUUAAUAAUGAUUUUUAUCUACCCGUGUAUAACAUUUAUCACCUAUUUCUUAAUGAAUUGGUAUUUCGACCGAGCUUUAAAUUUUCCAAUUACAAACCCCUAUAAUGUUGAGUUAAAAAUAAGAAGGCUUAUUUUUGGCAAAAAGCCUCGAAAUUUUCAACAUAAUUUAAGCGAAAAAAUAAAAACGAUGUACAAAGACGCAACGAAAAUAUUUUUAUCCUUUAAAAUGCUAUUUGUUUGAGAAAGCUUAUUUUAUUUACACUAUGAAAGAAAUAAAUCUUUAAGCUUGCUAAAAUUAUCAAAAAUUAAUUUUUCCUCCCGAAAGCACUUGAAGAUUUGGUAUCAGCUUCAUCGCAACAAAGCAAGAUACUACAGCUUUCCGAACUUAGAAGCUGAGUAUUUAUAUUACUUUUAUUAUAAAAUGCUUGUAAAUGAAGAGUUUGCAGACGAUUUAACAUUAAUAAGGUAUAUAAAAGACAUAAAUGUGCUGAACAGGAGAGAUUUAGAAGUGACGUGCGACCUGUGAGAUGUCUAUAGAAAACUAUCAGAAAUUUCUGAGCAUUCUUUGGAGUCAAUUAAUGAAGCAUGUACAAAGCUUGUCAAGUCAAAAAAAAAAUUUGAAGAAAAAGCUGAAAAAAUGGUCAGAAAGUAUCAUUCUGACCCAGCUGUUUUGUCGGUGUAUGGAUCAUAUAAAGCUGAUUUUUUGGAACAAAACCAAGGAAACUUACUUUUACAGAGAAGUAGAAGUUUAAAGGGCUCGAAAGAUACUGGAAUUGAAAAAAUCACAGGAAUGAAAUACAGACAAGGAGACGCAAUUAUGGUGGUAAGUGGUAUGCAUGGGACUAUUGGCGAUAUUUUGUAUUUAAAUAAUGAAAUAGCCAAACUUUUGAACAUUGAUUGUGUUGAUGAUUAUAUAGGAACUACGUUUCGCCAAUUUAUCCCAGCUCCUUUUGAUGUGAUGCAUAACGACAUAUUAAGGCGAGGGCUGAUUUUUGGGGAAAGAAUUGAACUUUAUAGGCCAAGCCUUUUUUUAAUUACAACCCGAGGGCAUUGCGUAGAAGUUACCAUGCAUUUUCGGCUUGUGUUCUUUAAACAAAUCCCUUACUUUAUUGCAGAUUUUAAUGAAAAAGGCUAUAAUACUAAUUUAAUUCUUCAUUCCCCGGAUGGCUAUAUAUAUGCAGCUUCCAAAAACAUUAACCAACUGAUCGGUAAUAGAAAAGGUACAGUAUUUGAAGUUGUAAAUAACCUUGCGAAUUAUUAUGAAAAUUAUAAUCCAGGAGUCCCUUUUGAAUAUCAUGAAGAUUUCGACUGCUUUAUGAUGAGAAUUACACUAGUUAUAGAUGGAUCGCCAUUAGUAGCAUUAUAUGUAGCCAACGAUUAUGAAUAUUUUGCACAGAUGAAUAAUUCAGACGAAAAUACCCCAAAACCUCAUCAUGUAGAAUCUUUUAAUGAUGGAGGAUAUAAAACUGAUAUUACAAUGGAGCCUGAAGAAUUAAAUUUGAAAAGUGGCUUGGCGAGCUCUUUUACAUAUGCCUCAACUGUUUUAUCCAAAAUGGAAAAAAAAUAUGAAAAAGGAGAAAAGGAAAGUAGUAAAAUUGCAAGGCUUUGUAAUUCCAUGAAUGUGAACGUUAGGAUUUCUAAUGCAGCUUUGCUUGGGAUUAUUAUUGCUACGAUCAUCAUAGAAAGAUAUGUAGUUAAUGAACUGAAAAUAUCUAAUUUUCUAACUCCCCCCCCCCCCCCCCCUCCGUGAGCGAACAAAACCAUUAGAAAAAUCGCCAUUUUUUGACCAAAAACCCACCCUCCGUGAGUGAACAAAAAUAUUUUUAAUAGAAAAAAUUUUAAUAGAAAAAAUUUUAAUAGAAAAAAAUUUUGCUAUAUAAGUGAUAAUUAGUAUAAUGAAAUCUAGAGCUAAUUCUGUUUAUUUUAAACAAAUUGCGUUUUAAAACAUAAAUUUUGCAAAUUAAAUUAGUAUUUGCUUCCCAAUUUUUGCAAAUUAGGAUUUUUUUUUAAAUUUCGAAAAAAAUAUUUUUUAUAAAAUUUUAUAUAUAAAUUGUUUUUAAAAAAAAAAAUUAACCCCCCUCCGUGAGUGAAACAAAAUUUUUUUUUGUUCGCUCACGGAGGGGGGGGGGGGGAGUAAGCAAUUUUUCUACUCUCAGGCACUUAGGAAACAGUAUAUUAUUAGAUUCAAGAUCCCUUGAUCUUUUAAGUAAGGGCUAUGAAUUAGCAUAUGAAGAAACUGACUAUCGAGCUUCUCUUCAGUCAAGUAUAAAUAACUUUGAAAAUACACUAUUACAAGUCAGUGAUGAAAUAUCAAAUUAUGACUAUAUGGAUGAUGUUUUUGUUACAAAAAAGGUCAAAACGACAGAAAAAACAGGUGAAAAUGCCUUGAGGAUUAUUAAAACUAAUUUAUUCCAAGCUUUGCAAAAAAUUAUCCAAGAAGGAUACACAAUCUACGGUGCUGAGCUUUCUGGAUUUCAAGGAAUUCAAGCAAGUCUAUUUUAUAUUUAUUGGAAUUUUCCUGGGGAAACAUUUAGAAGCUUAAAUAGCAGUCUUAAUUCUAUUAACGACGAAACACAUAAUCAUAUAUCUUCAGUUUUCGAAUUUUUGAAAAUUUUUAAAUUGAUUGUUUUUAUCCCUUCUAUGCUUAUUAUCAUUCUUUCUAUUCCAAAUCUAAUUGCUCUUGAAAAAAUCAAUAAAGAGCACUGAAAUGAGCUUUCAUCGCUAAAUAUAGAAAGGCAAAUAGCUUUAAGAGAAAAACUAACUGUAAGAUUAUCUGAGUUCCAUGGCAUUCAAGUUGAAGAAAUAGAGCCAAAACACACAAAAAAGGCAGUUUAUUCAUCUAUUUGAAAAACAUUUCUGUUUAAAGUACUUUUUUUAGAACUUAUCAGCAUUAUCUAUUUCUUUGUUUCUAUUUAUGCUAUCCAAAACAGCAUAAGUGAAGCCUUAACUUAUCAGUCUAGCUACAGGCUUAGAUCAGGCUAUAGAAGAUCUCUAACAAUAUCUACUUUCUUCUGAACAAGAGAGCUUCUUUUAUCAGAAACCGAAUCUUCUCUAAUCAAUACUCUUGAUAAUAAAAACCCUUAUCCUUCAGUUAUAAAAAGCUUGCAAUCCUCAAUUGAGGACUAUGACUACCAUGAGCAUCUUAUUGACUUCGGCUCGGCAACAAAAUACUUUGAGCAUGACAUGUACAACUUACUAAUUGGAAAUCCUUGCAGCGAUGCUGCCAAGUCCAUACCUAACUGCCUUACUAGCUAUAUCAGCACAGGAAUGCUGCCUGCGCUUGAAUUGUAUUUGGAUGAUACAAGGACUAUUUUUUUUGAUAAUAGCUCAAAUUGGCAGGACGUUAUCAAACUAGAGAAAUACUCAAAAUUAAUAAGUAACUCAGUAGGGCUGAUGACAGAGAGCUUUAUGAAUUCUACUGAUGAUAAAAUUGAUGCAUAUAUGACUUACUUGACGAUUACCACUUUACUCUAUUUUUUUAUUUUGCUUUUAGUUGUAUUAUUACUUGUCUUAGCAUCUGUUAAUAAAAUCAAGAAUGGUUUGAUUGGAAAAAUUGAGAUCCUCAACUAUUUUUAA